GCCGCGGACGCAGGGGGCGGGGCGGACGCCGGAAGCCGGAAGCGCGGCCGGCGCAGGCGUCCAGCAUGGAAGAAUUUAAAGAUGCAAGUCCACCUGAAGAGUUGCUCAGUCACUUAAAGCUUUCUGACCAGAAAUCUGCAGAGACUGGCACCAGAGAUGCCCAGAACCCCCAGACCACUGGGAGUGGAUGUGCCCCAUCCCCAGGCCAAGAUCCCACAACAGAUGAGUGUUUCCAUGACUGUCAGGACUCCUUUGAGGCAAAGGAAGCUGUGCUGGAUGAUGAAGGGAAUGUACAGAACGGUGGGAGUAGCUCGAGGAAGCAGACAGAACUAGAUGAAGAAUACUUACUAGAACUAGAGAAAGAUAUGCCAGAGGAAGAGAAACAGGUAAUCCAAAGCACCAGUGCUGAAUUUGGCAAAUAUUGGGAGAGUAAAGAUGCUGCAUUAAAACCUGCCUCCCAACAUAAAACUCGUCUCUGGCUCCCUGUCCUGGUGUUUAACUACACUCAUACUGGAAACAUUUGUCCUGACAAGACAGAAGCUGCUCUGAGUGACUGCACCAAAGCUGUGGAAUUAGACCCUCACUAUAUUAGAGCUUUGCUGAGGAGAGCAGAACUAUAUGAAAAAACAGAAAAACUAGAUGAAGCUCUGGAAGAUUAUAAGGCAAUCCUAGAAAAAGACCCAUCAGUUCAUCAAGCCAGAGAAGCUUGCAUGCGAUUACCGAGACAAAUUGAAGAAAGGAAUGAAAAACUAAAGAAAGAAAUGUUGGGCAAACUGAAGGAUCUUGGGAAUUUAGUUCUCCGCCCCUUUGGCCUGUCAACAGAAAACUUCCAGAUAAAACAGGAUUCAUCAACUGGCUCAUACUCCAUCAAUUUUGUUCAAAACCCAAACAACAACAGAUAACAUGGAUUCAGUCUGGCUCUGCCUGUGUUCUUGCACGUCCCAGCGACAGGAUCCCAAACACCCUUCACCCUCCCCAGGGGAUGAGACUCAGUAUAUUCAUUUUCCUGCUUGUGAAAUUAUUUGCAGUGUGGAUGUAAAGCAAGUCAUUUGACUUCUCGUAGUGAUAACUGUGUCCAGUGUGUGAUUUAUUAUUUUUUAAAGUAUUUUUUCCCUUCCCAUGUGGUGUUUGGCUCAUCCAAAAGGGAGGUUCCUUGUUUUAGCCCACUCAGUGCUGGCAACAAAAUUCUAGGAAGCAGUUCAGGUGAAUCCAAACACUCACCCACCUGAGGCCAGGAACAAAGGCUUGUGGUGUCCUGGGAAUUAGGGAAUCCACUCAGCAGGUGGUUGUGACUGGCAGCACCAUGGACACAAGCUCUGGAAUCCUGGUUCUUUGUAAUAAAGGCUUGGUGGUUGUUUGGUUUGUGAGGUUCUUGCCUUGUUUGAGUCCUUCUCAGGGUGGUUUUGUUGUUAUAAGUGCUUCCAGCCACCCACAAAUAACACACUUGCAAGACAAUAAUAAUUGGAAGCAUUUGAUUUUUUGGCCUUGCUUAGAGCAAUAUUAGUAAUUUAACCUGAGGCCACCCUCACAGCACAGUUUGUGUACUUGUUAUUAAUUUUUCUGAAGGCAACAAUGAAAUUUUGUGCCUCUUUACACCUACACACUGUCAUGGUACCAUCAAAUUAAAUUUGCUUGUGUGAGAUUCAUUCAUGUUGCAGAUAUCCAGUGGCAAACAUGAGCUGAUUGCAAAAGGUCUUUACAGUAUCCUGGACCUUGAAGAGUUUGAAAUAUUUAUAGAACGAGGUCCCCUUUGAGGUCCCUCCCAACCCAAACCAGUCUGUGAUAUAUAAAUGGGUUCUGCUGAGGUGAUUCAUUCAGAUUUUGGAGAAGGUGCCUUUUGUAAUUCCUGCUUUCUGGUUUUUAUCAAUGCUGAAGUGUUUACAUUGGAGACAGAUUCUUCAGUUGUCUCCAUGCAGGUUUCAAUACAUGAUGUAAUUAAAUAAUUAGCAGUGGCUGUCUUGGC